AUGGAUUUAUCAUCACUCCCAAGAGAAAAAUGGGUGGGAGAUGAUUAUCUCGUCCAACUUGGAGGCUUUUGGUUUUUACCUCAAUUCGUGAAAAAAAACAAAAGAGUGAUUAAUAAUUAUAAUCCACUUCCUAAUGAUGUGAUUUUGGUUACUUUUCCUAAAUCAGGCACCACAUGGCUCAAAUCUCUCCUCUACUCCAUCCUAAACCGAUCAUCCAGACAUAAGUUGGCUGUCGAACAUCCCCACGACCUCGUUCCCUUCUUGGAGGCACAAGUGUUUGCAGAGGCUGAUGAACCACCAGCUCUAGCAGCCCCAUUGGAUGGCCCUCGAUUAUUUGCCACACACUUACCUUAUCAACUCCUGACCAAAACCCUUGAUUCCAGUCAAUGUAAGGUUAUUUACUUGACACGGAACCCCAAGGAUCUCCUCGUCUCUUUUUGGCAUUUUGUGAAUAAGUGGAACAUGGAGAAACCAAAUCAGUCGUGGCCUCUCGAUGAGGCAACCGACAAGUUUUGUGAUGGGGUUAUCCCGUGUGGGCCUUACUAUGAUCAUGUGCUUGGUUAUAGAGAGUUGAGUUUGAAAAGGCCGAAGAACGUGAUGUUCGUGAAUUUCGAGGGGAUGUUAGAAGAUCCUCAUGGCUAUGUCAAAAAAUUGGGUGAUUUCUUAGAAUGUCCAUUUGAGGAGGAGGAAGAAGUUGAUGAUAUUGUGAAGAAUUGCAGCUUUGAGAUGCUAAGUAGUUAUGAUGUCAAUAAGUCUAAGGAAUCUACAACAUGGUUUCCAACGCCGUACAAUUCAUUCUUCAGAAAAGGGAAAGUUGGAGAUUAUAAAAAUUAUCUUAGUAAUGAGUCUGUUCAACGUAUCGACACUCUUACGAAAGAGAGAUUCCAUUCAUUAGGGUUCAUGUAUGGGAUUUAG